AUGGCAUCAUUUGAGGCGACCAUUAGCCUGAAUAACUCUCGGGCAGCCUUCAUCGAACGCGUUUACAAGGAGCUGCUCAUAGAAGAGGCGAAAAGCCUCACAAUCUCCAAUCUCCAGGGUUCAUCUUGUCGGUCUCUCACGCUCUGGAGAAAGACACAGCUACGAAUAUCGGGGAUUGGAGACACGGCAUCUGGGCCGGCAUUAGGCAAGGUUCGGCUCACAAUACAGUCCACUUGCUCUCACUUUCAGCUCAGAGUUUCUGCCUAUGCUCUCGGCCAGCCCACAACCUCAUUACCGACAUUCUCACCAAGUCAACUCACAUGGGAUCAUCUGGAAGGACUCCAGCUCGCUGAUCCCGAUUUUCUCACACCAGCACCAAUUGACAUCCUUCUUGGCGCUGAUGUCUAUGGACAACUCAUCUUACCACAAGUCAUCACCAACGGACCAAACUCACCAUCGGCUCAGCUCACGCGACUUGGAUGGAUCGUAUUCGGACCAACGGAAGGUCCUGAUACUACUCAAGUAGCAACUUCUCAUCUAACGGUCACCAACGAGGAUCUCAACGAACUGCUCACCAAAUUCUGGAUCCAGGAAGAGAUCCCUGGGACACCAGAGGUUCAGCUCAACGAGGAGGAAGCGCAGUGUGAAGAACACUUUCAACGGACCCACUCACGAGAUGCAUCUGGCCGCUACAUCGUUCGGAUACCGCUCAAAUCUCCAGUUUCCUCGCUAGGAGAUUCACGAUCGUCUGCACUCGCUUGCCUCCAUCGUCUGCUCAGGAAACUCUCACGUGAUGAGGUUUAUCGUCAGCUCUACACGGACUUCCUCAGGGAAUAUGAAGAGCUCGGCCACAUGCGUCGAGUCUCCGGACAGCUCGCUAGAUCAGCUCAUCAGCGCCAGCUCAAUGGGGGGGGGGGGACGGGCACCGAAAUGACCUUAGCACAUGAGGUCUCGGCUUCAGGAGGGUUGAGGGUUUCGGGCCGUCCGUGUUCUUCUCGGGCUGACGCUCCUCCGGAAUAUUUCUUCCCUCAUCACGGAGUUCUCAGGGCGAGCAGUGAGACAACGAAGCUCAGAGUUGUUUUCAACGGCUCCAACAAGACCAGCUCAGGACAAUCGUUGAACGAGAUUAUGCACACGGGUGAGAAGUUGCAGAAGGAUAUCUCGGAUGUACUUCUCUUUUCUCGGCGGAAACGGCUCAUUUUCAUGACGGACAUAACCAAGAUGUUUCGUCAAAUUCGGGUACAUCCGGAAGAUUGGCCACUCCAACAAAUACUCUGGACCGACUCAAACGGAGAUAUCGCCACCUAUCAACUCACCACGGUCACAUAUGGCACUAGGUCAGCUCCGUUCCUCUCAAUGCGUGUUCUUCAUCAGCUCGUUGAGGAUGAAGGAUCGAACUAUCCUCUCGCUGUGGAACCGCUCAUGAAAGGACGAUAUGUUGACGAUAUCUGCGGGGGUGCUGACUCAGAUGAAGAGCUACUCAGGACCGCUCAUCAGGUGACACAGCUCUGUCGGUCAGGAGGCUUUCCGCUAGCCAAAUGGCACUCAAAUAGCCCAGCUCUACUCACAUCUCUUCAACCUGACAGCACCUCUCAAGAACAACGAUUCAUAGAGGACUCGCUCACCAAGAUUCUAGGGGUUUCUUGGCAUCCUGGAACGGACAACUUCAAGUUCUCCGUCACUCAGCCUGAGACCAGCUCAAUAACGAAGAGAAUCAUUUUAUCGGAAACGGCUCAACUCUUCGAUCCACUGGGUUUCCUAGCGCCAGUGGUCAUACGAGCGAAGAUAUUGCUCCAGGCUCUAUGGAUCGAGAAACUGGGAUGGGACGAACCAGUUUCCCAGACAACUGCUCAACGAUGGAGCCAAUUCAGGGAGGAGCUCACACAGUUAUCAGAGAUCACCAUACCUCGGUGGCUUGGACUGCUCACGGAUUCCGUCGUCGAAGUACACGGUUUUUCCGACGCAUCACAAGUGGCGAUGUCAGCCGUGAUCUAUCUCAAGGUUCUCAACAAGGGAAAAUCACAACUCACAUUGGUUUGCUCAAAAACGAAGGUCGCACCGCUCAAACGGCUGACAAUCCCACGACUAGAACUCACUGCGGCUCUCCUCCUGGCCAAACUGACUAAGUACGUCAAGGACCAACUCAAUCUCACGAACGCCACCACCUAUCUCUGGACCGACUCAUCGGUCACGCUCACGUGGAUCAGCUCACACUCCUCAAGAUGGAAGGAGUUCGUGAAAAAUCGGGUGGCACUCAUCCAGGAGCUCACUCAGCAGGCUCAUUGGAGAUUGGUACCGGGCAAGGAGAAUCCUGCAGACUGUGCAUCUCGAGGUCUAUCAGCGCACCAACUGGUAUCUCAUAAGCUCUGGUGGAAAGGGCCACCAUGGCUUCAUCAAGACUGCUCAUCAUGGCCAACUCACGCUCUGGAAAAAGACCUCAGCGCAGACCUCGAGGAAAAGCCAGGAGUUCUCCUACAUGUAAAAGCUCAUCCAAUCGCGCUCUGGAAUCUCGUCGACAGAUUCUCAUCAUUCAACCGACUGCUCAGGGUCACAGCAAUCUGUCGACGAUUCAUAGCUCGGCUCAGGAAAACCCCCAACUCUUCUCUUCGAUACCCGCUCACUCUUGGUGAUCUUGAAGAGGCUCGCAUCCUCUGGAUCAAACUCACGCAGGCAGCUCACUUCAAGGAUCAACUCAGAGCGAUCUCACGAGGGGAAAGGUUCAGCAAAUCCCACCCCCUCACCAAGCUCACACCCUUCAUCGAUCGCCAAGGGGUAUUGAGGAUAGGAGGACGGCUCAAGUUUGCUCACAUAGGCCCGGAGAGCCGGAACCAAGUGAUUAUUCCGAAGGAAUCUCAACUGGCUCAGCUACUCAUCGGACAGGCUCAUCUAAGGACACUCCACGGAGGCACACAGCUCACCCUCAGGCAGCUCAGAAGUAGCUACUGGAUACUCGGAGGUCGAGCACCAGUACGCUCCUUCAUCCUCAAGUGCGUUAACUGCACUCGCCAACGUGGAGUACGCGCUCAACAGCUCAUGGGCCAGUUGCCACCAGCCAGACUCACUCCCGCUCGAGCCUUUCUCAACACUGGGAUCGACUAUGCCGGCCCAGUGUCUCUACGGUCCUGGAAAGGGCGGGGACACAAGUCGUACAAAGGCUGGUUGGCUAUCUUUGUCUGCAUGACCACCUCAGCGGUCCAUCUCGAGGUCGUGUCAGACUACUCAGCCGAGGGGUUCAUCGCGGCGUAUAGACGCUUUUCAAGUCGGCGUGGGAUCGCUCAUUCCUUGUUCAGUGACUGUGGGACCAAUUUCCUUGGCGCUGACAAGGAACUAAAGAAGCUCUUCUCGUCAGGAUCAGCUCAAUCAAGACAGCUCGCACAGCUCCUCAUCAAUGAUGGGACUCAGUGGUCCUUCAAUCCUCCAGGUGCUCCGCACUUUGGAGGGAAAUGGGAAGCGGCGGUGAAGUCGGUGAAGUUCCAUCUCACCCGGACGAUCGGAGAGGAUCUGCUCACUUUUGAGGAACUCACCACUUUGCUCGCUCAAAUCGAGGCAGUGCUCAACUCACGACCACUGGAACCGCUCACGGAUGAUCCUGAUGACUGUUCAGCCUUGACACCAGGGCAUUUUCUCAUCGGUCAGGCUCCCACGACUCUUCCAGAGCCAUCUUUAGAGCAACUCAACGUCUCAAGGCUCUCUAGAUGGCAGCUCAUUCAGCAGAAGCUUCAAGGAUUCUGGAAGAGGUGGUCCACGGGAUAUCUCCAACGUCUUCAAGCGAUAUCCAAGUGGCACCAUCCGACUCAUCAGAUACGGAUCGGCUCACUGGUUCUACUCACGGACGAGAGAUUCCCGCCAGCGAAGUGGCCUCUCGCCCGAGUGACCGCUCUGCACCCAGGAUCGGACGGACUCACCAGGGUAGUCACCAUCAGGACUGCUCAGACGACGCUGACGAGGCCAAUCGCCAAGCUCGUCCUCUUGCCCAUCUCACCUUCAGGGGAAUAGAACCAGGACAGCUCACCGGCUUCUCACCGUUGGACUUCGUCAACUUCGACGGAUUUACGACCCUGACCAACCGACGGGGUUCAACGUGAGAAUGACAGCAGCCAAAGCAGAAGGGAUUUACGACCCCCGACGUCUAGGAUGCUGCCAUGCCUAGCCAGCGCACCUUCCGGACGGUCUCACGGACUCACUCAUGGGUGACAAGCUCCGACAGCUCACCAAAGAGCGUUUUGAAUUUUGUUUUUUGUUUCAGCUCACCAUGGCUCUACUCAUUAUGGUUGCGUCAACAACUUUACAGUUGCCGACGGCCGGGGAGAAUGUUGGAAAUCCUGUCAGCUGACAGGUCCCUCACACUAACGCACGCAAGGC